AUGUUUAUUGUAGAAACGAGACAAAGAAGCAUUGGCGAUGUCUACGUUUUAUCCAGGUUCCAUAAAAAUUUGUGCACCUCAAUGUUUGAUACUUUCAUGAGGAAACACUUUGCAGAUUUUAAUAUUCAAUCAAUUGAUGACAAAAUGGUGAGAAUAACAAAGAAAAUGUGCCCCUGCAUUGUUCUUUGCCUUUACUCAACUAGAGCAUAUGAGGACAUAGCCAUAUCUCUACAAGGCGUAAAUGCAGAUGAUAAUGUUCCGGUGUUACUGGUUGCAUUGCAAGCCUGUGAAAAAACUAUAAAAGCUGAUUUACUUAAAAAAGGAAUGCUUCCGAAAAAUAACAUUAUAACAGAUUAUACGGAUAUCCUUUUUGCUGAUAGUAGUCGCGAUUGUUAUCUAUGUGAAGAAAAUUAUGAAGCUGCUGAUGACAUACAUAGAUUUUACCUCAAAGCCCAAAAUUUCCUUAAAGAGGGUUCAUCAGUUGACAGUAAAAAAAUGGAUGAAAUGCAAAUACAAAUUUGCCCAGACAACACUCCCUAGAAGACGAAAGAAGAAGAUCAAGGAUAUAUACAUG